CUAUUUUUAUUCUUUUUCCCCUCAGGCCCUCACACACUUUUUGAUACACUAAUUAACACCCAUAGCCAACUUGGAGUCUUUUGUUUCUACAUGUUCUAUCCUAUUUCAAUGAUCCAUUCAAAUUCCAUCACUUGAAGUAACAAAAGCAUUGAUCAAAGUUUCAAACUUUAACUUCAUCAAGCCAAGAUAGAGAAACCCUUUUCUUAUUUUUCUUUCUUUCUUUCACACACAUAAACACAAGCACCUAUAAUAUGAUGAUGAUGCCUUUCAAGAUGAGUGAGAUGAUGGCAACAAUGGGUUCAACCUUAGCAAGCUUCAUGUUUGUUUGGGCAAUCAUACGCCAGUAUUGUCCAUAUGAAGUUAGAAGGUUCUUUGAGAAAUACACAGAGAGAAUUAUGGGCUAUUUCUACCCUUAUAUAAGAAUCUCCUUCCAUGAAUUCUUGGGUGAUAGGCUCAAGAGAAGUGAGGCUUAUGCUGCUGUUGAGGCAUACCUCAGUGCCAACACAUCAAAGAGUGCAAAGAGACUCAAAGCUGAGAUGGGAAAAGAUAGCACCAACUUGGUUCUCACCAUGGACGAGUAUGAGAGAGUCACUGAUGAUUAUGAGGGUGCAAAAGUUUGGUGGUUAUCUAGCAAGGUUGCGUCACCACCAAGGUCCAUGUCAUACUACCCUGAACAAGAGAAGAGGUUCUACAAGCUCAGCUUCCACAUGAAGUAUAGGGACUUGAUCACAAGUUCGUAUUUGGAACACGUUAUGAGGGAAGGGAAGGAGAUUCGGUUGAGGAAUCGGCAGAGGAAGUUGUACACAAAUAGCCCUGGAUACAAGUGGCCAAGUUACAAGCAAACAAUGUGGAGCCACAUUGUGUUUGAGCACCCUGCAACCUUUGAGACAAUGGCUAUGGAUUGUGAGAAGAAGAAGGAGAUCAUUGAGGAUCUGGUUACUUUUAGCAAGAGCAAAGAUUUUUAUGCAAGGAUUGGGAAAGCUUGGAAGAGGGGUUACCUCCUUUAUGGCCCUCCUGGUACUGGAAAAUCCACAAUGAUUGCAGCAAUGGCGAAUUUGUUAGGAUAUGAUGUGUAUGACUUGGAGCUUACAGCAGUUAAGGACAACACUGAGCUGAGGAAGCUCUUGAUUGAGACGACGAGUAAGUCUAUAAUUGUUAUUGAGGACAUUGAUUGCUCGCUUGAUCUUACAGGGCAGAGGAAGAAGAAAGGUGGCGACAAGUUGUCGGAUGAUGAGAGUGAGAAGGUGAGCUUAGAACUUAGGAAAGAAGGGAAGGAAGAUGGAGGCUGUGGCAGCAGCAAGGUGACGCUUUCGGGGCUAUUGAAUUUCAUUGAUGGGAUAUGGUCUGCUUGUGGUGGGGAGAGGUUGAUUGUGUUCACUACUAACUAUGUGGAGAAGCUUGACCCGGCGCUGAUUCGAAGGGGCAGGAUGGACAAGCACAUAGAGUUGUCCCAUUGCAGCUUUGAUGGAUUCAAAGUGCUUGCCAAGAAUUACUUGAAGCUCGAAACUCAUCCCAUGUUCGACACCAUUCGGAAGCUGAUUGGGGAGGUCAAGAUCACUCCAGCCGAUGUUGCUGAGAACCUUAUGCCUAAGUCUCCAAUGGAUGAUGCAGACAAGUGUCUUUCUUGCUUGAUUGAAUCACUUGAGGAAGCUGCUGCUGCUAUGAAAGCUGAGGAACUGAGGCAGAGCUGCGCGAAAAAGGAAGAUGAGGAACUGAAGCAUGCCAAUGAUCACAUAAACGAAGAUGAGGGACUAAAGCACACAAAUCACACUAAGGAAAAUGGUGAGGUAUGGGAGGACUUAGAACCUGCUCAAGCAAAAAACCAAAGCCUAUAGCCUUUUAUUGUGCCUUUUGUUAGAAGAAUUCUUAAGAGCGAAACAUGAGAAACAUUAUUUCUCAUCAUUGUAGGUAGUAAGUAUCAUAUAUUCAUAUGUCUACAUCCCAUGAAACCAAAAUGUAGAUUAAAUAUACUAUAGUGGUCUCGGGUCUGGUUUGAUUUGGUUCAUCUUGUAAUUUGGCUUCUGAGAUCUUUGAUAUCCAACUAAACCUCCGAAUUUUAGGAUUAACUAGA